AUGCGUCAAAGAUGUCAGGGCUUGAUUGCUGUUAGCCGGUCAGCCGCACGGAACAUCCGUGCCGGCAAGUGGCAGUCGGCCUCAUGGCUCCUUGGGGACAUCCUGAAACAGCAAGGUCUCGAGCGCGAUGCCGCAGCCUGCAGUUUGGGAGUCAAAGCUUGCGCGCGUGGCGGUCACUGGGCCAUGGCUGUGAAAGUAUUGCAUCACACACGCUGCCUCCUUCCAGAAGCUUUCGAUGACAUCUUCUACAGUUCCGUUGUUGAUUCUUGUGGAAAGGGUUUUGUUUGGGAUCAUGCGCUGGGCGUUUUGGGCAACGCCAAGCACUACAGCCUACAAAGCAAUGUCAUUGCCUCCAACUCGGCCAUUGCCACCUGCAGCCGGAUGACACUCUGGCAGCGCAGCAUGUCGGUGUGGCAGGAGAUCCGUGGCAGUGGACUGCAGCUCCUGGACACCAGUUUCGUUGCUGUCCUCAGUGCUUCUGCGGCACCUCUGUGGCAGAAGGCUUUGCAGUGGCUUGAGUUGGUUGGACAAGAAGGAGUACGUUGGCAGACUACCAUCACAAAUUGCGCCAUCGCUUCCUGCUCUGUCGCCUCUGCCUGGAAACUCUGCAUGAGUUUGCUUCUUCGCCAUGUUGACAUCUUUGGUUGGACAGCUGCUAUUUCGAGCAACAGCUGCUCUGGUGCUUGGGAGAAGGCUGUAGACAUGCUGUUUGCGAUCGGCUGUUCCUGUUUGCAGCCGACGUAUGUUACCUUCAAUGCGCUAACCGGUGCGAGUGCCGAAGGGGACAGCCUGGGUGCUCUUCCGUGGUUCCUGUCGUUGACUGUUUUGAGAGCGUGUCGGGCAGACGCGAAGAUAUGCAGCUCCCUGAUCUCCAGUGUCACCACCGGAACAAGUUGGCGCCAAGCUUCUUCGAUUUUUGAUGAAGUACAAAGCAGUCGUGUCGAGGAUGACGUGGUGCUGCAAAGCACGGCCGUGGCUUCCCUGGCAGCCGGCCUUCAAUGGCAAACUGGGCUGAGAGAUGCAACGGUGCUUGUCAAGAGGCAGGUGUCUGGCUUGUCUGCAGCCAUCGCGAGCACCGUGCUUGGAUGCUGCAGUCCGAAUUGGCAGGCUGCACUGGAAUUCCAUUCCUUGUGCUUUGCGGCUGGUUUGAUGAAUCAGCAGUGCACCUCAUCGACUUUGCGAACGCUUCAACUUGCAACGAUCUGGCGCUCAGCUAUUGCACUUCUCGAAAGAAAGCCUGGAGGAGAUGCAGCACUGGUUUCAAACUUGCUGCAAACAACCGCAGCUGAAUAUCUAGCUCGUUGCUUCGCAGCUUCAGAUCACUCGGCGACCUUGAUUUACCAACUCUGCGAGAUGCGCAGACAUGUGAUGGAUCGGCUAAAACACUUGCCAGUAUUGCGGCGGCGAAGCUGUGUCGGCAGUGAGGAAGGCUGGCGUUCGAGCAUGGAGAAUACACCGGAACAGUGGUAUAAGAACUUACCCAUUCUGACGCGUGUUUUGCUUACCGUCAUCUUUGGCGUCACCGUCCUCGUGCAGCUGGAGUUCUUGAACCCGGGACUGUUGUUCCUCAACUGGCCCAUGAUCAUAAACAAGCUGCAGGUUUGGCGGCUGUUGACACCAGCCCUUUUUUUCGGCACUUUCAGUUUCCAGUUCUUGUUGCAGAUGUACUUCUUCACGUCUUUUUCAUCCAAGUUGGAGCAGAACGAGGUUUUUUCUCAGCCCGGGGACUACCUCUUCUUUCUGCUUGCACAGAUCCUGCUCCUCGACGUCAUAUCCUUGGCGCUGAUGUGGCCGAGCGGUUUCCCAACUUUGGGUCCUCCUUUGGUUUUUGCAAUCUUGUACUACUGGAGCCGUCGCGAACCCUACGCCAGACUUAGCUUCUUCAGCUUCACCAUCCAGGGCUACCAAUUCCCGUUCGCGCUGAUCUUCUUCCAGCUGCUGAUAGGUGGAAACAUUUGGAUGGACCUGUUGGGGCUGGCUUCUGGCCACAUUUACUACUUCCUAGCAGAGGUCGUGCCACAAGAGUACGGAUAUGUCCUGGUCAAGACUCCAGCGUUCUUGUCCAACUUCAUGGCAAGAUAUGCUGCUCCAGGAGUCGCCGCCAACCGGCCUGCAGCCACUGCUCGGCCACAGCCCACCAACUUCGGAGGGGGGGGUCAGCGACUUGGUGGCAACUGCUUUCGCUCACAGGACACGGCGUGCACGGCUGCCAGAAGGCAGCGGCUAUUGAGCACGGAACAGAGGCUUCUGGAUGUCCUCAUGUCAGAUUGUGCCGCCCGAGACGAGUGCAUUACCAUGAACGGCGAAGAAAAGUGCAAGGCUUUCAUCGAAGCGCACAAGCAAUGCUUGCGCGCAGAGGGCUUCGAUGUAAAGUUCAAUUCCUGGGAGGAGGCCAUGAAAACGCCUGCCGAACUGAGACUGAAAUCAGGUGAGCGCUGGCGCGGCUUCAACUUCGGAGCGAAGAGGUCAAUUGCUGGAGAGGUCGUGUUCUGCACGGCGAUGAUGGGAUAUCCCGAAUCCUUGACGGACCCAUCCUUCGAAGGCCAAAUCCUUGUGCUGACCUAUCCAAUCGUGGGAAAUUAUGGCGUGCCAGCCGACGACAAGGACGAACAGGGGAUACCAAGGUAUUUCGAGGGAUCGCGGAUCUAUCCCGUGGCAGUCGUAGUGUCGGAGUACUCUUUCGCGGCAUCCCACUAUUCCGCCGUAAAGAGCUUGUCUCAGUGGCUUGAACAGCACAACGUGCCUGGGAUUUCUGGUGUGGACACUCGCGCCAUCACAAAACGUCUCCGACAAGAAGGAUCAGCUCUUGGUGCUGUGGUCGUCGGGAGUGAUGCGGCACCGCAGUGGGAGGAUCCAAACUUGAAGAACUUGGUGGCCCAAGUGUCUGUGUCCAGCCCCACACUGUAUCAGCCCGCCCGUGAUGAAGCAGAUGAGGGUGAGCCUCCGCUGGUGGUGGCUGUUGACUGUGGCAUGAAGCUCAACAUCGUGCGGUACUUCAUCCACUACCUUCGAGUCCGCCUGAAGGUUGUGCCGUGGGACUAUGACUUCUCAAAGGAGGAGUUCGACGGCCUCUUCAUCAGCAAUGGUCCUGGCGAUCCGGAGAAGUGUGAAGCAACCGUGAAUUGCCUGCGGAAAGUUAUGCAAGAACGACCGCACUUGCCCAUCUUCGGCAUCUGCUUGGGGCAUCAGCUGCUUUCCCUUGCAGCGGGCUGCAAAACCUACAAGAUGAAGUUUGGCAACCGAGGUGUGAACCAGCCUUGCGUAGACCUGCGAACGGGGCGCUGCUACAUCACCUCUCAGAAUCACGGCUUUGCUGUGGACGACUCGAAGCUACCGGAUGGAUGGCGCACCCUUUUCACCAAUGCAAACGAUGGCUCAAAUGAGGGCAUUGGCCAUAAGGAGAAGCCAUGGUUUUCAGUGCAGUUCCACCCCGAGGCCUGCUGUGGUCCUGUGGACACUGCCUUUCUUUUCGAUGAUUUUUUCAAGAUUCUGAGGAACUCGGGAGGAAGGAGUUUGACAACCAUCAGUUACAAGCACCCGCAGGCGAUUUCAAAGGUCUUGGUGCUGGGUUCCGGCGGUUUGACGAUCGGGCAAGCUGGUGAAUUCGAUUACUCCGGGAGCCAGGCUAUCAAGGCAUUGCGCGAGCAGCAUGUGCAGUCGGUGUUGAUCAACCCCAACAUUGCGACCGUCCAAACAUCCCGGGGUUUGGCUGACCAGAUAUACUUCGUUCCGGUUACACCGGAGUUCGUAACGAAGGUAAUUGACAAGGUGAGACCGGAUGGGUUGUUUGCCGCGUUCGGUGGGCAGACGGCGCUGAACUGCGCAGUUGCACUUCACCGAGAUGGCACUCUCAAGAAGUAUGGCGUCAAGGUUCUGGGCACGCAAAUCGAUUCCAUUGUUGCAACAGAGGAUCGCGAGAUCUUCAAGGAAGGCGUCGAGAGUUUGGGCGAGAAGUGCGCGCAGUCUGCAUGCGCGAAUACCUUCGAGGAGGCACGAAAAGUCGCCCGUGAGAUUGGAUUUCCGGUGCUUGUUCGAGCUGCGUUUGCUUUGGGUGGUCUAGGAAGUGGCUUUGCAUCGAACGAG